UUAAAAUAUGGUAAGGUGUAUUUUCAAAACAGAUUUUCGUAGAAGCUCCAAAUCGGAGCUUCUGCUUGUAUGUUAUACAAAAUCGCUUUUCGGUUUUUCAAAAGUCGAGUUUUUAAAGAUGUUUGGCCUGUUUCAACUUUUGGGACCGAAAAAUACUUCUAAAAACCGGACCAAACAUAGGGAAUGGAAUGUAAACUUUACUAGUAUUCCACUGACCAAAUUUGCAAUUUAGCCUUUAUGGUAAAUUAGCCCACAAUUUAGGGUUUCCCUUACUUUCGUGCGUCUCCUGGCCUCCCCGCAAAGAAAAGCUCUCACCACACCAAAACCUCAAAAUUCAAAAGUAUUAGUAAUCAGUCCGUCGCCGGACAUCCCACUCGCUGGCCGGACCUCCCGCUCAAUCUGCCAGUGACGAUACUCUGUUCAGUUUCCGGUGUUCGCAGCGUAGAUUUCGCAACGGCCUCGUUCUUCUAUUCUGCUGUCGAUUCUUCUGCAACCUACUCGUAAUCCAGGUAAUUUGAUGAGGUUUAUGAGCUUGGGAGAAUGAUAUCUAGGUGUUAUUUCUUUUGUUUGCUUAGUUUAGGUGUGAUUGGUCUACCUACCUAUAAUUGCAGGGAGAAGAGUUGAGUACCAUUCUCUGUUAGGACCUCUAUUUGAUUUCAGUUCGGGUCAUUUCAUUACCUUCAAUUCAAUGCAGGUCGCAAUUUCCAAUUUCCUUCAUCUAUAUUAUUGUGGAUUGCAGGAAAAUGGUGGGACUUUCGCUGGGGGAGAAGCAUUUCAUUAAGGGGGGCAUCGAUCAGAACAUCCGUAGUGAUGGACGGAAGCGAGACUCUUACCGGCCGAUUUUCGUCGAAACCGGCGUCAUCCCUCAGGCAAAUGGCUCUGCUCGUGUUCGAAUGGGGGCAACAGAAGUUAUUGCCAGUGUGAAGGCAGAGCUCGGAAGACCUAGUGCUUUGCAUCCUGACAAAGGCAAAGUUGCCAUAUUCGUUGAUUGCAGUGCUGUUGCUGAACCAACAUUCGAGGGAAGAGGGGGUGAGGAGUUAUCGGCGGAACUCUCAGUUGCCCUUGAACGCUGCCUCUUAGGUGGCACAAGUGGAGCAGGUGCAGGAAUCGAUUUGACUUCCUUGAUAGUAGCAGAAGGAAAGAUUUGUUGGGAUCUUUAUAUCGACAGCCUUGUCAUUAGUUCUGACGGGAAUCUACUUGAUGCCUUAGCUGCUGCCAUUAAGGCUGCCUUGGCUAAUACCGCCAUCCCGAAAGUCAACAUCUCAGCUGCUGCAUCAGGAGAUGAACAGCCGGAGGUGGACAUAAGCGACGAAGAGUUUCUACAAUUCGAUACUUCUGCAGUCCCCGUUAUAAUCACGCUAACACAGGUAGGGAGGCACUAUAUUGUGGAUGCUACAUCAGAGGAGGAAUCCCACAUGAGCUCUGCGGUUUCCAUCUCCGUCAACAGGAAAGGGCACAUUUGCGGGUUGACCAAGCGAGGAGGCGAAGGCCUUGAUCCCAGCGUUGUUUCUGAUAUGAUUUCGGUCGCUCAACACUUGAGCGAACUGCUGAUGAGCAGAUUGGAUUCCGAAAUCUCAGCAGCAGAGGCCGAAGGUGGAGAUGAAGAAUUGUGAUGCUGAUGAGACUUUUGGAGAACCAGUUUUGACCUUUUUGUUACCUAAUGAACAUUUUUUAGAUUGUCGUAGCUCUGACAACUUAUGAUACUUUGAAACGUGUUGUGUAUCUGCUUGCAAAUGUCUGAUAGUCGGGACAUAUGGUGAUUGAUUAUAGCCGUAGCUCGGUCGAGCCCGGUUAAUCGUCCACCACUUGGCUUUUGGAGAACAGAUCAGCCAAUGGCCUAGAUCUGCUGCACACGCAACGAACGUCUCGGUUCCGUUGAUCGCUUUAGUUAGUGGACUGUGGGACCGGAUGACUGAACGACUGUACCAUGUGUCUGAUUUGUCUCCCCAUGCGCCAGAGAAAGAGGGAGAUCCAAAUGUCUAUCGUUUCCUAAGUUUUGAAACUAAAAAAUUCUUUUAGAAUUUCUAAUUUCAAUCCCUAAUUUCCGAAAUUUGUACCAAAUCCAAAAUUCGAAAUUUAAAACCCAAAUUCUAAUCGUGAGCGACUGACGAUAAGUUUUAGAUUUCCCUGAUUCACUACAUUCCUUCGCCUUUUCUGUCUCUCUACCCCCUCUUUAUCUCCAUCUCUUGUAGUCAUGUAGAUCUUUGAUCUUCCUCCGCUCCGCCGUCCGUCUCUGCAUUGCCGCCUCUUUCUCUCUACCUCUACCGCUUGUCUCCCUACAUCCCGUUGAGAUCCUCCUCCGCUCCGCCCUCUCUCCAAUUGUUGUUGGUCCGACGAGACUACUGGACGCGGCCCGUAUCCUCUGCUCUCCACCAUAUGUAUCCAUCGAUCUCGAAUCUUCAGGUAAUUCAUCCCCAUAACUUGAUCUAGCAAGGCAGAUGUUAUAUUCCCGAUUUAUGUGCUUCAUUUCUUAAAAUAUUCUUCCUUUCCGUCUUCUCAAUUUAAUAUGUUUGCAAUGAUUUUCUCUGAAAAUGAAAACCUCGGAUGCUACCCUAAAUAUACAUUUAAUAUAUUCGGAAUAUAUUUGAAUGUCUGUUGGAAUACAUUAUCGUUUUUAUAUUUUCAUAUUUAGGUAUCAUGUUUGCCAUUGUGUUGAAUGUAAAUAUGAUGCAAGAACAUCAUAUUCCCAUAGUUUUGUUUCACCAAUCCAUUUGAUGCAGUAUGUUCUGAAUAUGUUACAUUAGAUUUUAAUCUAUGACCGUUUGUUAGAUGUGUAUCUGAAAAACAAUUUUUUAGAGUUUCUGCUAAUUUAAUCGUUAUUCUUUUAAUCGUCUCUUAUUUGUGUUCCUUGUUGUUUAUGAAGAUGUUUAAAGAAUGAUCUUACCUUUUUUUAGGAGGGACAUCUGUCAUGUUUUGCAGGUUUGAAUAUAGAAGAAGAGUAAUUGUUUGAGUUAUGUUCUAUGGAGAAGAUAUGUAUGGACGAUUACCAAAUAACUUAAUUUUUCAUUAGUUAUCCUGAUUAUGUAUGUUUCAUACUCAUUCUUGUAAAGUACCGAAUGUUCUAAUCCACUGUUUAUUAUUCAGGAAUCCUGGUCUGUGGAUUUAUCUUGUAUGUUGUAAUUAAGUUAUUGUAAUUCC